ACCCAAUUGGUCAGGUGAAACAAACUAUAUGCAUAAGUAAAGCUUACUUUUUUCAGUUUUUGUAAAAGUCUUUGGUCUCCAUUAGAACUUUUCCUUUUUAAUUUCCGGAGCGCUGUCCUGGAGGAGUAAAAAACAUGGGUGAAAAUGCAGAGCAGGACAAUCAGUCUCCAUUGCUGGGAGCUUCUUCUUCAUCAGAUGUAUCUGUACGACAAGGCUCUGUCAAAAGAACUGGAACUGUGUGGACUGCAAUGGCACAUAUCAUAACAGGAGUGAUUGGGGCAGGAGUACUAUCUCUUGCGUGGAGUGUUGCUCAGCUAGGAUGGAUUGCAGGCCCAGUAUGCAUGUUAAUCUUUGCUGCUAUCACUCUUCUUUCCACGUACCUUAUCUGUGACCUCUACAGAUAUCCUGACCCUGAAUAUGGCUCCAUCAGACUCAAGUCCUUAAUGGAUGCUGUCAAGUUGUAUUUGGGAGAGAAGAACCAGAAGGUGUGUGGAGUGAUUGUACAGGAAAGCUUUUAUGGGUGUGGAAUUGCCUACACCAUCACAUCUGCUAGCAGCGUCAAGGCUAUUCUAAAAUCAAAUUGUUACCACAGAGAAGGGCAUGAUGCUUCAUGCAAUUAUGGGGAUACCUUAUUUAUGCUGCUAUUUGGAGUUGUCCAGAUUGUAGUGUCACAAAUACCAGAUUUUCAUAACAUGCAAUGGCUAUCAGUUGUAGCUGCCAUCAUGUCAUUUUCGUACUCCUUCAUAGGGGCUGGGCUUGGCGUUGCAAAAGUGAUAGAAAAUGGGAAGAUAUUGGGGAGUAUUACAGGAGUGCCCACUUCUAGUGUUGCUGACAAGUUAUGGUUGAUCUUCCAGGCACUGGGAGAUAUUGCCUUUGCUUACCCAUAUGCAAAUAUUGUUCUAGAGAUACAGGACACUUUGAAGUCACCUCCACCAGAAAACAAGACCAUGAAAAAGGCAUCAAUGGUUGCAAUCAUUGUGACAACGUUAUUCUAUCUUUGCUGUGGAUGCUUUGGAUAUGCAGCCUUUGGUAACGACACACCUGGAAACCUCUUGACAGGAUUUGGAUUUUAUGAGCCAUACUGGCUCAUUGACUUUGCUAAUGCUUGCGUUGUUCUUCAUCUUGUUGGAGGAUAUCAGAUUUUUAGUCAACCCGUGUUCACAUUUGUGGAGAGAUGGUUUAGCAGUAAGUUCCCUGACAGCAGAUUUGUGAAUUGCAACUAUGAGAUUAAACUCCCUACGCUGCCUCCUCUUCAGAUGAGUCUUUUCAGGUUAUGCUUUCGAACAGCAUAUGUCGUGUCCACAACUGCCAUUGCAAUGCUCUUUCCAUACUUCAACCAAGUAUUAGCAGUUUUGGGGGCUUUGAACUUCUGGCCUUUGGCUAUAUAUUUUCCGGUGGAAAUGUACUUUGUCAAGAAGAAAAUAGGACCAUGGACGAAGACAUGGAUUGCUCUCAAGACUUUCAGCUUUGUUUGCUUGAUCGUGUCAAUAUUGGGACUUAUUGGGUCGGUUGAAGGAAUUAUAAGUGCCAAAUUUGGCUAGAAUACUUGUGUAGUUACCUUUUGUUUACACCUAAUUUUACAACAAAUAAAAUGUUACCACGUGUCACUUAUGUUGGCAGAUAUUUCAUUGAUUGGCAGAUAUUUCAUUGAUUGAAAGUUGGUGUAAAUUUUUUCGGAUAAAGUUGAGUGGUUAUC